UUUCCGGAAGUCAUGGAUUAACCCCGCCUCACGAAAAAGGCUAUCUUUUUCAUGAUUUACGUUGAAAAAAAAAAACACAAUCCAAACAAACAAACAAGCAAACGAAAAUAAAUCUAGAGUCAAUAUUGCCAUCUAGUGUUGGAAGUUUCAAGUAGCAAUUUCUAACCAGUUGAGUAAGCAGCCGCGAGUCAAAACUACAAAACGGUGACCGAAAUGUAUCAGCUGUUCAAACCGUCGCUUCACGCCCAGCGACACGACUUUGUGGUGGACUUUGUCAGGAGGAAUAAACCCAAAAAGGUGGUGGACUUGGGUUGCGGUGAAUGUGGCCUCCUUGGCAGGCUCCGCUUUAACCAUCAAAUUGCAUUGUUGAUCGGAGUUGAUUUAAAUGGCGCCAAGCUGAGAAAAAAGAUUACUUUUGAGCGACAUUGCACCGGCGACCCUUAUAAAGACUUCCGGUACACCGAUGCUAGUUUUCAAUGGCACGAUAAGCAUGGACUAGCGCCGUUAUCUGCUGACUAUCUGCAGCCAACCUUUGAUCAACUGUGUGUACAGCUGUACCAAGGUUCUGUCACACAAAAAGAUGCCCGCUUCAGAGGAUUUGACUUGGUGACCAGUAUAGAGCUCAUAGAGCACCUCCGCCUUGAUGAUUUGGAACCAUUCACUAAUGUGGUCUUUGGAUACAUGGUUCCACAAACGGUCAUCAUCAGUACCCCAAAUUCUGAGUUCAACCCACUUUUUCCUGGACUAUCUGGUUUCAGGCACAGUGACCACAAGUUUGAGUGGACCAGAAUGGAGUUUCAAUCAUGGGCCCUGAAUGUUUGCUCAGAGUUUGGAUAUAUGGUAGAAUUCACUGGUGUGGGACAAGCUCCCCCAGGCCAAGAGCAGAGGAUCGGCUUCUGCACCCAGAUUGGUGUGUUUCACAGGCUCAUGGUGGACAGAGUUGGUCCCAUGUUUGGUGACAAUGCAGAAAAUAAUUAUCCAUACACACUGGUUUAUAGCGUAACCUAUCCCAGCCUAUGUGAUGACAACAUCCUGCGGAGGAUUCUGGUCAGUGAGUUGCUGUUUUGUGCAGAAAAGCUAAAAAAAGAGUGGCUUGAAAAGCUAACAGAUAAACUAGAAGAGGUGAAUGCUGUGGAGAAAGAUGAGACAGGAGGAGAGUGUGGUGAAAUCUUUUGGUCAAAUUGUCAAGAACCACAGUGUCACAAUUUACACAGGCAUGUGUCGGUGGCCCUGCAAUUGCUUUGUACUUGCUGCCCCAAGUUAAGGGAGCUGAGUAGAAGUCUAAGCAAUCUCAGACGACUAAUUGUAGAUGAUCCCCAAAUUAAAAUGAAUCGGGAGCGCUCUGCUGUAAUCCUCUGCUGUCUGGAACAAGGAGAUGAAGAGCCUAAUGAUCUGACUGACAGCGGCUAUGCAGAGAGAAGCCAUGUGGAAGAAGAAAACUGGGAGAUAACUUGUUAGUGUCCACUAAGUUGGAGGGUAUAACUGGUUUCUGGACAAGUUAGGUGAUCUAUGGAUGUAUAAAAGGAAGUCUACCAAUACCAAAAAUAUAGAGCACAUGUGUGACUA